CCCAGAUGCUAACCCUAGAUCGGACGGUCAAAAACUCUCUAUCCAAAACGACGUCGACUUAAAAAUAAAAAGCAGGAAGCAGCCCUAACCUUUCUCCUCCCUCUCUCUCCACGCAAGGAAGAAGAAACCCUAAACCCUCUCUCUCAAAUCUACAGCCAUGCCUUUCAAGCGUUUUGUGGAGAUCGGGAGGGUGGCCCUCGUGAAUUACGGGAAGGAUUAUGGAAAGCUCGUCGUCAUCGUUGAUCUCAUCGAUCAGAACCGGGCUCUUGUUGAUGCUCCUGAUAUGGUUAGAGGACAAAUGAAUUUCAAGAGGCUCUCGCUGACAGAUAUCAAGAUUGACAUUCCUAGAAUCCCGAAAAAGAAGUCUCUGAUUGCUGCUAUGGAAGCCGCAGAUGUGAAGAACAAGUGGGAGAACAGUUCAUGGGGCCGAAAGCUGAUUGUGCAGAAGAGGAGAGCUUCUCUCAACGACUUUGAUAGGUUCAAGGUCAUGCUGGCGAAGAUCAAGAGAGGUGGUGCAAUCAGGCAAGAACUCGCGAAGCUGAAAAAGCAGGCUAUAGCUUAAAUAUAUUCUCUCAAGACUCCCCUGAUUUUUGUUACAGAUCUGUCCUAGUUGUGAUUUUGGUACUGUUAUUUCCGUUUAGUUUUUGUUUUAAGUGCGACUAGGUUUCACCUUUUUCUCUUUGACGCUAUUUGAAGUAAUCUUUGAGAGACUUGCAUUUAAGGUCAA